AUGGACUACAAGCUUGCUGGGAGGAAUAGACAAAUGCAGCUGGCAGAGUUAGAGGAAUGGAGAGAAAAGGUAUACCAUAGUGCCAAGUUAUACAAGGAUCAUACCAAAAGAUGGCACGACAAGAGGAUCAACCCCAAGGAGUUCAAGCCAGGUGACAAGGUAUUAAUGUUCAAUUCCAGGGUAAAACUCUUCGGAGAAGGAAAACUUCGCAGCAAAUGGAAGGGCUCGUACACCGUCGUCAACACAUCUUCUCACGGGGCAAUCACACUCCAGGAUGAUGACGGUGAGUACUUCAAGCCUAGCCCCGGCCCCGCCGGGCUCGGGCCGUGCCGGCUCGUCGCGGCGUCGCCCCCGCGGGCCUUCUUCUCCUUGUCGCCCUACCAGCCGCCCCAGUCGGAGGGGUUCUCCCCGCUCCGCGAGUACGGCCUCGUCCCCAUGGUCAUCGAGACAACCUCCCGCAGGGAGCGCGCCUAUGACAUCUUGUCACGCCUGCUCAAGGAGCGCAUUGUCUGCUUCCACGGCCUCAUCGCCGACGACACCACCUCGCUCGUCGUCACGCAGCUGCUCUUCCUCAAGUCCGAGAACCCGCUCAAGCCCGUCCACCUCUACAUCAACUCCCCGAGGGGCGUCGUCACCGCCGGCCUCGCCACCUACGACACCAUGCAGUACAUCCGCGGCCCCGUCACCACGCUCUGCAUCGGCCAGGCCGCCUCCAUGGGCUUGCUCCUCCUCGCGGCCGAAGUACCCGGCGAGAGGCCCGUCCUGCCCAACGCCAGGGUCAUGAUCCACCAGCCCUCGGGUGGCACACAGGGGCAGGCCACUGACAUCGCCAUCCAGGCCAAGGAGAUCCUCAAGAUGCGCGACCGCCUCAACAAGAUCUACCAGAAGAACACGCGCCAGCCCAUCGAUAAGAUCGAGCAGUGCAUGGAACUACUUCUUUGGUUGUGA